UCUCAGCCAUUUCUUCUAAACUCAACGAGGUGCACCCGGAGCAGAAACAGAACUUUUCUGGCAGGGAUUUUCUGUUGUUUCCCUGCGGCCCCGGAUCCAGGGAAUGGGAAUACUUUGAUGGAAAAUGUUACUACUUCUCCCUAACCAGAACGAGCUGGUACAAGGCGAAGGCUCAGUGCGAAGAGAUGCACUCGCAGCUGGUGGUCAUUAACAGCUACGCCAAGCAGAAUUUUGUCAUGUUCAGGACAAGGAAUGAGCGUUUCUGGAUCGGGCUCACGGAUGAGAACUCGGAAGGGGAAUGGGAAUGGAUCGACGGGACCGACUAUAAAACCACGUUCACAUUUUGGAAGGAGGGGGAGCCCAACGACAGCGGCCAGAACGAGGAUUGUGCCCACAUGUGGAUCUCGGGGCAGUGGAACGACGUCUACUGCACCUACGAGUGCUACUACGUCUGCGAAAAACCUCUGCCCCACUGA